AUGGGAUACUCCAACAUCGCUGCAGAGAGCAGCCAUACUCAGCAUGAAACACCCGACGCAGUUGUUGCUCAGCCUUCUCAUAAGGGUUUAAACAUCUGUUUCGUCUGCUCUUCUCUACUCGAAGAGCACACAAGUCCUGCUACGCUCUCUGGUCAGCAAUCUUUGAUGCAUGGGUACUCUGAGGGAUCACCUACAGGUGUCCCGAACACGCCUCCGCCACGUCCGGAGCCAAAGCCAUAUCCGACUGGGCCGCAUCAGAGCGGUAUGGCAAUUUCGUGGUGUGACGUGAAUUACGAGUUCGCCAUGGGCUUUCCUAGUGCACGUCAGCAUGUUGGGGAUAGUGGGACAGGGCGCUACCCCGCUGGGUUCUGGGCGACACAAGGAAGGCGAAAGGUGAAGAACAUGGAGGGGGGAUUUGAAUGCUGUUCAUGUGUAUUGCUGCAUAAGAGAAAGCGCGUCUUCAGAUCGACAAACAGUCUGAGAAAUCACGAGCGGAGAUUUCAUGAGGAGCCAAGGGAGAUUGGAACGAAGCCGAGGAAAAUCAGCAACCGCCCAAGGAAAUUCAAACAGGAGCGGUUCGUGUCUUUGAGGAAGGGAAGCAAGUAG